CCAUACCCAAUCACCAUGUGCACCUCAGAAACUUUCCAGGCCUUGGACACCUUUGUCAGAAAUGAUGACGUAGUGCUCGCAUCUUAUCCAAAGUGUGGUUCAAAUUGGAUUCUCCACAUCAUUAAUGAGCUGAUAUUUGCUGAAUCUAAGAAAAAGUAUGAGUAUCCAGAAUUCCCAAUUCUUGAAUGUGGGGACCCAGAAAAAUACGAGGUUAAGAAUGAAACAUUCCCAUCGCCAAGGAUUUUGGCAACUCACCUCCAUUAUGACAAAUUACCUGGGUCCAUCAUCAAGAAUAAAGCCAAGAUAUUGGUGAUAUUUCGAAACCCUAAAGAUACAGCAGUAUCUUUUUUCCAUUUCUACAAUGACGUCCCUGAUAUUCCAAGCUAUGGCUCUUGGGAUGAAUUCUUCAUACAGUUCAUGAAAGGACAAGUUUCUUGGGGAAGUUAUUUUGAUUUUGCCAUUAGUUGGAACAAACAUCUUGAUGAUGAAAAUGUUAAGUUCAUACUAUACGAAGAUCUGAAAGAGAACCUGGCUGCUGGAAUAAAACAAAUUGCUGAGUUCUUUGGAUUCUCUUUAACGGGGGAGCAGAUUCAAACCAUCUCAGCCCAGAGUACCUUCCAAGUAAUGAGAACCAAGUCCCAGGAAACACAUGGUGCUGUUGGUCCGUUUCUGUUCCGCAAAGGUGAAGUUGGUGACUGGAAGAGUUUGUUCAGUGAAACUCAGAACCAGGAAAUGGAUGCAAAAUUCAAAGAGUGCUUAGCAGGCACUUCCUUAGGAGCAAAGCUGAAGUAUGAAUCCUAUUGCCAAGCUUGA